GGUUAUCAUUAAGGGAUGUGUUUCUUAAGUACUAAUUAACAGCCAAGAGCCGACUGGAAUCCAGACUUUACGAGAAGAGCGCACGGCUUCUGUCUCCCACACGAUGGCAGCACUGCGCAGAAGAAUGGCUCUGAUAUUCCAGGCUGAUUCUCUCAAGGAUGUGAACCUUUCCUUCCUGUUUCGGUAACACAGGCAGCGAAACCUCCGCAUAGUGGGCUGCAAUAGACAUCUAUCAGGCCUCCAUAAUGGCUGUAUUCUCAACCUUAGCGUUACAAAGUCGCUUAAGUCGUAGCUUCAGUCGCGCCAAACGCGUGAUUGUAUUCAUUUAGCAUCCAUUAUUUUAGACAUUUUAUUUAUUGUCGCUGCACGUCUGCACAGACAGCAUCAGGAACACGCGCUGUUCUCCGGCAAUUGUUCCCACCAUAUUCUCAUGGCGGAGACUAAAAUCAUUUACCACAUAGACGAGGAGGAAACUCCUUAUUUGGUGAAACUGUCAGUAGCUCCAGAGAAGGUAACUUUGGCCGAUUUCAAAAAUGUCCUCAGCAACCGACCGGUCAACAGCUACAAAUUCUUCUUUAAAUCUAUGGAUCAGGAUUUUGGGGUUGUCAAAGAGGAAGUCUCAGACGAUAACGCCAAACUGCCUUGUUUCAACGGGAGAGUGGUGUCAUGGCUUGUAUUGGCAGAGAGCUCCCACACAGAUGGGAUGUCGGUGUGCACUGACAGCCAUACAGAGCUGCCCCCACCGCUGGAGAGGACGGGAGGCAUCGGAGACUCCAGACCCCCCUCAUUCCACGCUAAUGCAGUAAACAGCCGAGACGGGAUGGACACAGAAACUGGAAGCGAGUCUGUUCUCCGCCACCGUCGAGAGCGGGAGCGAGAGAGGACCAGACGGAGGAGAGAUGAAUUCCCACGUGUGAACGGUCACUCUAAAGCGGAGCGGGUGGUGAGGGACACGGCCAUGGCCUGUGACAGCGGCUCUAUGAUGAGCAGUGAGCUGGAGUCCAGCUCCUUCAUUGACAGCGAGGAGGAUGAAAAUGCUAGCAGACUGAGCAGUUCCACAGAGCAGAGCUCUUCUUUUCAGUUAAUGAAGAGACAUAAGCGCAGGCGCCGGCGACACAAAGUGGCAAAAAUCGACAGGUCAUCUUCUUUCAGCAGUAUUACAGAUUCAACCAUGAGCCUCAACAUCAUCACAGUUACCCUUAAUAUGGAGAAAUACAACUUUCUCGGCAUCAGUAUAGUGGGUCAAAGUAACGAUAGAGGAGAUGGUGGCAUCUACAUCGGCUCUAUUAUGAAGGGAGGAGCAGUGGCAGCAGAUGGGAGGAUAGAGCCGGGUGACAUGCUGCUGCAGGUAAAUGACGUGAACUUUGAAAACAUGAGCAAUGAUGAUGCAGUCAGGAUCCUCAGAGAGAUUGUCUCAAAGAAUGGGCCCAUCAGUCUCACUGUUGCCAAAUGCUGGGACCCUUCCCCUCGUAGUUACUUUACAAUACCCAGAGCUGAACCAGUUAGACCCAUUGACCCGGCAGCAUGGAUUUCCCACACUACUGCACUUACAGGAUCUUACCCACAAAACGAGUUUGACGAUCUCCCUCUUACAGUGGGAAAGACGGACAUGGCCACUAUUGUGAAGGUGAUGCAGCUCCCAGACUCAGGACUAGAAAUAAGGGACAGAAUGUGGCUGAAGAUUACUAUAGCUAACGCUGUUAUAGGAGGUGAUGUAGUAGACUGGCUCUACUCACGGGUCGAGGGAUUCAAAGACCGACGGGAUGCCAGGAAAUAUGCCAGCAGCCUGCUAAAACAUGGCUAUCUUCGACACACUGUCAACAAGAUCACCUUCUCUGAACAGUGUUACUACACAUUCGGAGAUCUCUGUCAAAAUAUGGCUACACUAAACUUGAAUGAGGGAUCAAGUGGUGCUGGUUCAGAGCAGGAUACGUUGGCUCCUCUUCCCCCUCCGUCCACUAACCCAUGGCCCAUGGGCGGUCAGCCCUUCCCCUAUCCACCCUUCUCCACAGCGCCUUCUGGUUUCCCCCCAGGAUAUUCUGACCCCUGCCACAGUUUCCACAGCGGCAGCGCAGGAAGUCAUCACAGUGAGGGAAGUCGAAGCAGUAGUUCCAAUCCUAGCGGUGGGAGGAGCCAGCGGCCUGUGCCGAGGGACAAGGACCGCAAAUCAGCAGGCAGCGGGGGCAGCGAAUCGGAUUCAGGCAAUCGAGCAGGCGGGAGGCGGGUUGAGCGUUCAGCCAGCCAGUUGAGUCACCGGAGCCAUGCUCCUUCAUCUCGCAGCUACACUCAGUCCCGUGUUCCCUCUCAACACAGCCGCACGUCCUUCUCCUAUAGCCACGCUCCCUUUUCCAAGUACGGCCACACCUCUUGUGCGCUCAGCGAACGGAGCCACGCUUCCUCUUACGGACCCCCAGGCCUGCCUCCUCCCUACAGCCUGGCCAGAUUGACCCCUAAGGGGGCUAUCAGCAGCGGGCCCCCAAGGGCCCCUCCAGUGAGGGAAAUAGGGGCCAUCCCACCUGAACUCACCGCCAGUCGCCAGUCUUUCCAGCAUGCCAUGGGCAACCCUUGUGAGUUUUUUGUGGAUAUAAUGUAAUCCGAUAAGCAAAUAGUAAAUAACAGUACAGUGAAAUCUCACAGGAUGAGUGCCAUGAAUACAGUACUGUUUCUGUGGAAGGUUGAGGAGCAGAUGUGUUAAGAUAAUCAUGUGUUGAGCAGAGGGCAAAUACACUACUGUUCAAAAGUUUGGCGUCGGUAAGAUUAUUUUAUGUUUUCCAAAGAAGUCUCUUAUGCUCCGCAAGGCUGCAUUUAUUUGAUCAGAAAUACAGUAAAAACUGUAAUAUUUCAA